UCCUGUCGUCAUUGUCACUGUUGCUAGCGACGAAGGAAGCUACAGUUUAUAACUAGACGUGCGAAGAAGGUUAUUAUUCAGAUAGCAUUCAAAUCAGGUCCAGAACAUUAUUUAAGAAUUUACAAUGGAAGAUGAACAACUGCGAGAGAUUGCACAGCUUUUGUUGAAAGAUGUAAUAGAGAAAGCUGUUGAUAAAAUAAAAACCGAAAAAAUGGAAAUGGAUGAAGGUCUUGACCAGGGGGUAGAUGACAUUGUAGGGCUGACCAUUGGACGGUCAAUCAACGCCAUCCGCGAAGGUCAAAGUUCACCAACUGAUGAUAGGAUGGAGGGAUUGGGUGGACAAUUGGAUAAUGCAGUAGACAGCAUUGUAGGACUGACCAUUGGACGGUCAAUCACUGCAAUACGCGAAGGGCAAAGUUCACCAACUGACAAUAAGAUGGAGGGAAUGUUUGGACUUAACAAAACCUUGGUUACUGCAACACCGGAAGUAACAUCUAGCACAACAGGAAGCAAGCCUCUUGAGAUUAAAGACGAGCGAAUCAAACAAAGUGCUGGAGGAAACGAUAACCAGCCUCAUAUUUUCACCUCUAACCCCGUCAAAGACGACAAGCCGACAGGACUCAGUGCGACUACAACGCAUGCGCAGAUGAGACAGGGCUCUCACAAGAAGAAUGUACUGGGACGAUUGUUGGACAGAAUAAUCAAGAGAGACAAGAAAGAGGCCAAGGAAUUUAAUGCUGCUACAGCUGGUGGCAGCACCAACAGCUCAGUCGGUGGAAAGAAGAAGAGUCCUUGCAAGGCCCACAACAAGAGAGACUGGAUACGUAGAAAUCUCCUGUGCUGCUUCGUCAGACAAACAGCCAAAGUUGAGCCAUUAGGCCUAUUUGACUGAAUACAUCAAGAAAAACAAGUCAUGAACAUUAUAAAGAAAGAAAGAUCCUUUUUAAACAAUGGGCCGGAAAGUCGGAACAUGAUGUGACUUCAAUAUGAUUAAGUAAUAUUUAUAUA